CCCUCCAUGUUGACAUGAUGCGACACUGUGAUGACAUUGUCUCGAUAGCCUUUGCUGAACGACUCGGAGGAAAGCCUGGAUAUAAUCUGCUACUAGCUGCUGUUAAGAGCUCACUUCUCUUUACAUUUGUAAAUGGAGCAACAUCCUAUGCACCAUAUUGUGUUCUGCUUUUACAUAGUCAUUACACAGCUGGCCAUUUUCACCAGUGUAUGAAACAGACACUGUACAGCACACCUUUAAAAAACAGCAAUAGAAAUUUUUCAAGUGACACAAAACGAGAAAUGGACCAUAUUGAUGUUUUGAAAGGAUUUAGGUCUGGUUCAAAUGUUGAUUCUGUGACGUGUAGAAUGUCUUUGAUAGAUUCCCUCAACGAAACAAGACAAAACACUGAUUCAAAACUACAGCAGAGUCAGGAUAACGACAAACUCGGCAUGGAUGUGUCAGAAGUUGACCUAAACCACAUAUAUCCUGUAACUUCCUUGAUACUGAGAAGAAGCGCUUUGUCUCUUGAAGAAUCACCAACACCAUGUAAUAUCUACACCAAGGUUCCACUGUUACUACCACCAACAAUACUUGAUUCGGCAAGCAAUGAUGUCGGCAGAUAUCUUUUGGAAAGGUAUUUACGAAAUUAGAAACUUAUAAAAUUGGAUGUUUCAAGUAGUGAAACAUAUGAUAUACAAGGUCCUAAAGACCUUGUGAAUCGAGCCAAGAGAAGCAAAGGUGUUACAAUCAAACGUACACAAAAGUCAAAAGUUGUUACAGCCAAAUCAGAAAGGCAAGCAAAAGAAGAAAGAAGACAAAAGGAAGUAGAGAAAAAGACAAAAUUAAUAGAUGCCUUCUCCUCGGAAAACAACGCCUGCCAGGCUCUGCUGAAACCGGACAGUUCAAAACCGAAGGUGUCAAAGUCUCUCAGCAUUCAAAGAGCACUGAAAAGUUUAAUUACGUCAUGUUCUACAACAGUCCAACUGGAUCAGUAUAUAGCACUGAACUUACCGUAUAUACCGAAGUCAAUCACAAAUGCAAUGAAAAUAUGCACUAUAGAAUUUGCAGGUAUGAAAUUCAAAGUUGGUAACAUCAAAUCAGGUCAAGAAUAUUUGGUAAUUGUUGAGAAAAUGUUGACUGGAUUAUCUAAACAGUCAAUUGUUUCAACGAUUGUUGUGUGUGAGGAAAAAUACAGCUUCACACCGGACGAUUUCAAAGCAAA